CUGUAGCCUCCGGUCACCGGCGUAUCGAUGGCCCAUUGAUUUUUUCGGCAUUUCCCUCGACCUAUCUCUUCCUGACUUUGAGUCACCUUCAUCCCAUCCUCCGCCCGGACCAAUUGCUAUUUCUACCGUGUUGAGACCCUUCUUGUUCUGAACAGAGAACUGUUCCUGUUCUCCUGUCUCCGCAAGAUGGCUUCUCUACGGCCCUUGACUUCGUCCCUCCGCUGGGUCGCCUCCGCGAGAGGCGUCGCCGCUGUGCGAUAUAGCUCCUCGUCGACCUCCGCCAUCGCCUACAAGGCCCUCCGCCGUCGCUCUGCUCCCCUUCCCGUGAGCGACAAUCCUCCUGCGUGGUCCGCUCAGGCCGCCGUCUCCAAUAUUCUUUACGAGACCCCAGUCCCUUCAACCGCUCCCCCCAAGCGCCAUAUACUCAACUGUCUGGUCCAGAACGAGCCUGGUGUUCUGUCCCGUGUUUCCGGAAUUUUGGCAGCUCGCGGGUUCAACAUUGACUCUCUGGUCGUGUGUAACACUGAGGUUGACGACCUUUCUCGCAUGACCAUUGUCCUCACUGGUCAAGAUGGCGUUGUUGAGCAGGCUCGCCGACAGCUUGAGGAUCUGGUUCCUGUCUGGGCCGUCCUCGACUAUACCAACGCAGCUCUUGUCCAGCGCGAGCUUCUCCUUGCCAAGAUCAACAUCCUUGGUCCCGAGUACUUCGAGGAGCUCCUCCACCACCACCGCGAGAUUGCUGCUGGCGAGACUGAUGUCGACUACGCGCAUGAGGCCAUUGAACGUAGCCUCUCCGAUACCGCCAAGGACUUCCACCCCAGCAAGUUGGCCGUCAGUCAAGCUCUGCGACACAAGCACGAGCAUCUUAAGUCGAUCACUUACUUCGCCCACCAGUUUGGCGGCAAGGUCCUAGAUAUCAGCACCAACAGCUGCAUUGUUGAAGUUUCUGCUAAGCAGUCACGUAUCGACUCGUUCCUCAAGCUUGUUGCUCCCUUUGGCAUUCUUGAGUCUGCCCGUACAGGUCUGAUGGCUCUACCCCGAUCUCCUCUGUCUGAAGGUAACCAGGAGUCCCUUGUCAUGGAGGCAGACGAGGUUGUCGAUGCUAGUCAGCUCCCUCCUGGUUAAAUUAGAUAGAUACCUCAAUUAGUGACCCGACCCAAUGGCGUUUUCAAGGAAAGGAUCUGAUUUAAUUGAUUUAAUUCCCAAGACUAU